CGUUUUUCUCUCCCCUUGUUGCAGCUUCCUUGCCUUCGUGCUUAGAGUGCCUACAAGCAACAAAUCAUGACGAAGAGAACCAAGAAGGCAGGCAUUGUUGGAAAGUAUGGUACCAGGUAUGGUGCUAGUCUUCGGAAGCAGAUUAAGAAGAUGGAAGUUAGUCAACAUAGUAAAUAUUUCUGUGAGUUUUGUGGGAAGUAUGCUGUGAAGAGGAAAGCUGUUGGAAUAUGGGGCUGCAAGGAUUGUGGUAAAGUGAAAGCAGGUGGUGCUUACACGUUGAAUACUGCGAGUGCUGUGACUGUGAGGAGUACCAUUCGUAGGUUGAGGGAACAAACCGAGGGUUGAGCUCUUGGUGCAUGCUAGUUUAUGAGCAAUUAGACGAGAGAGAGAGAUGGCUCAUAUUCAGAGCACUGUGUUUAGUUGUUUGAGAAUCAUCAACUUUUGACUGAGAUUCUAGUCUGAUAAUGCCAUUUUAAAUUAAUUGUUUGGAACCCUGAUUUCGAAAAUCAACGCAGUAUCUUUGUGUGCUUUUAUAUUUUUUCUCAAA